UUGACCUGUUGGCUGCCGAGCGCCGGCGCAUUAAUUGGUGUGCCGCAUUCGGUCCAAUACGACUUACAACUAUUUGAAAUAAAAUAAAUUAUCGUAAAUAAUAAUAUAUACGUACCUACAACAUAAUAUUAUAAUAAUACAAGUAAAAUAACAUUUUGUAUUCUCUCGCUGCAAGUGCGCGGGUGGUGGUCGUCGUAACCUGCGAACGAACGAUUUCAUAUUUUUCGUUUUUUGUUUUUUUUUUGUUUACUGUUCGAAACGCGAUAUAUUUACACUAUUAUUAUUAUUAUCAUCACAUUAUAUAGUAGUUGUUGGUGGUCCAGAGAAUAUCCGUAAGGAGUGACGAACUGCCAAUUUGUGGAAUUUCACCGAAUCAAAACCGCCUGAAGAGGACUCCUCGUGUGAAGACCUCCGCCCGACGCCACCGACUUGUUUUUAAUAUUCUCGUCACGCCAUGAUGCCGGUAAGACUGCAGUGGAGCCGAAUUUUGGGCCGUGGCCACUUGCGGCGGAUGUGCUUCCCGUUAAUCAGCUGCAACGUCGCUAGUCAUCCGGUCCGACAUCGCACCGAGUCCAAAGUGGUCCGUUCCCCGUUUUCAGACGUCCAAAUUCCGGAACAUUUGGUAGACGAAUACGUGUGGAACGGCCUGGAGAGAUGGCCGGACAAAGACGCACUGGUUUGCGGUAUGACCAACAGAAAAUUGACUUACCACGAGACGAGAUUGGCGUGCAAGAGGUUUGCGGCCAACCURAAGAAGAGAGGCUCAACGACGGGCCAAGUGUUGGCCUUACUGUUGCCAAACGUUCCUGAGUUUGCUGUGGCCGCGUUGGGUGCCAUUGAAGCCGGUCUGGUCGUAACCACGAUGAAUCCUGUCUAUACACCAUUCGAAAUCGCUCACCAGUUUAAAGACGCCGGUGCAGUCGGGGUGGUGACGAUUCCCGAGUUGUUGCCCAAAGUUUUCGAAGCACAAAAGCUGAUGGACGGACCUGGUGUGAGACCUCUGUAYGUCAUAUCUGUGAACGGCAAUGGCCCGAGACACAGUGGCGCUUGGGACUUUGACGAGAUGCUCGAUCCGAUGGUGGACACUUCUGUUCUGAAAAAGAGCCGAUCGAACAGCGACGUGGCGUUCAUGCCGUACUCGAGCGGCACGACCGGUCUGUCCAAAGGCGUUUCGCUGUCGCACCGGAACUUGGUGGCCAACAUCACGCAGACAAACCAUCCGGAAGUCAAUCACUUUUCGGACACGACGGCAAAUUUUCAAGAAGUUUUGCCGGCUAUUUUACCCUUUUACCAUAUUUACGGUCUAACAAUGAUUCUUCUGAAAGGGCUGAGUUAUGGAUGUAAAUUGGUAACAUUGCCCAAACUCGAAUCGGACCUUUUUUUGAACAUACUUAAAAACCAACAGGCAACUGUAUUAUACGUAGUACCACCAAUAGUGCUGUUGUUGGGUCAAAACAAAAACGUCACACAUGAACACUUUCAAAGUUUGAAAACUAUUUGUAAUGGCGCUGGUCCCGUGAAAGAAGCAGAUGCCGAAAAAGUACUGGCCAGAACCCAAAACAAAAAUGUGCGUUUUUGUCAAGCGUACGGAAUGACAGAAUCAUCGCCAGCCGUGUUCGUAUCCAGGAAUUCCUCAUUUGCAGAUUAUUUAACCGUCGGUCCUCCCAUAUCCAACACUAUGGCCAAAGUCGUCGACCCCACGGACAACACAGUCGAAUACGGUCCGGGYGAAAUCGGAGAAAUCCAGGUCAACGGCCCACAGGUGAUGAUCGGUUACCACAACAACCCCGAAGCCACGGCCAACACUGUAAGUCCGGACGGAUGGCUGAGCACCGGUGACAUUGGUUACUAUAACGAUCAAAAAGAAUUCUUCAUAGUCGAUCGCAUUAAGGAGUUGAUAAAAGUCCAAGGAUACCAGGUUCCGCCGGCUGAGCUGGAAGGAAUUCUGAGGACCCACCCGGCCGUGCUGGAUGCGGCUGUCAUCGGCGUGCCGGAUGACAGGACAGGCGAGGCACCGCUGGCGUACGUCGUGCUCGACUCGGACAGGCCAGCUGCCAGCGAGGCAGACGUGAAGGCGUUCGUGGCGGAACGGGUGGCGCCGUACAAGCAGAUMUCAGCUGGCGUGCGGUUCAUCGAAUCGCUUCCGAAGAGCGCGGCCGGAAAAAUCUUGCGGCGCGUGCUCAAGGACGAGUACCUGAAAACGGGAGCCACCAAGUGAUCGCCGGAAGUCGAGCGGUCGCAYGAUUUCAACGAUUASAGUAACGACGAGCYUAUAAAAUAAAAUAUGACCGUCAUCGAGGUAUAAUCGAGUACGGUKAGGUUAAAGACGACAGAGAAACUCGUMAAUUCUUUGGCUCAACUAUCGUACCCAACUCAUAUCGAUAGUGGUACGGUUUACGAAUUUCUAAAAUUAAUAAUAACUUAUUAUACUUUAACUGUUAUUAUAAUCGUUAUAGUACGAAUUUAUGACAAAAGUAUCCGACAAGUGGUAGUCUGUUGUUCUUGUUGUUUUUGUGUACACAUCUUAUCAACCGUUAAAACAUAAUUAUUUACCGCCACAUAUUAUUAUUAUUAUCAUAUAUUAUAUUUUCGCAUUAAUAUAUUUUAUUAUUUU